GCGGCUCUGUUAUACCAAGUAAGAAACCGAGAAACACAAUUAGCACCGAAUGAUUUGAAGAUAGCAGAAGGAAUACAUUGUUCGAAUAAUACCAGCCGAACUAAUGAACGUCCAUGCGUGACGUGCAAUCUAUAAUACUUCGAUACCACGAAGUGGCGGUUUCGAAAAGGAGGGUAUGGUUGCAGUUAACAGUUCACUGCUGAUCGCUGGACUGCUGGUGAGCUUUUGUAAAGAAAGCUUCGAAGUUGGAGGAUGGAUAGAAGACCGAACUCCGAACCCAGUUAUGUACCGUCAUUUAGCAGAGUUCGCCUACGUGGAACGAAAGGGUCAUAGGCUACGAGGCAUGACUUUUCGCGUAACGCAAGCCAGAUGGAAGUAUACGGAAGGAAUGAUGUACAAUAUUGGAUUCCUUGUCUACGUCGAAAAUAGGAUGACUGAGAAGUGUAUCGCCAUAAUUCAGCUGCCUCCACCUAGUAGAGCUCAAUCGAGAAUGAUCGUCACCAAGUUUUGGUGCAGGCAUAUACCGUGA